AAAGAGAAAUUCGGUUAGCUUCGGUGGCUGGCAGUCAGUUUUCUCUUUCCAACCGAACAGCCUACAACAAAAAUAAGAGUCGUCCGUAUCAGACAGACGACGACAUCGAAUUCGGAACGUGGCUAUAGCCACCAGGCACACUUCGGAUCUGGGAUCUGGGACCGGAGCUCAGUAUUACUUUCGGUGUUAGGCCCACAACAUCAGACACGUUUUCAAUCCCCCACCCACAUUGAAAAAAGAGUAUAUAUUUUGAGACAAUUUUUAAGACACCAUAACGACGGAGGCUAUGCUCUUCCAUCUGGCCAUCAUGGUUGUGGCUUCGUGGUUCGGCUUCUUCUGGAUGCAGUGGCUCUAUCUCUAUCUGCUGGAGCGCCUCUUCGCCUGGAUAGCCCACCAGCUGGAGGUUACUCGCCAGAAGCGUGUACGCGAGGAGAUGGAACGUCUUGGUUUGGAUUUUCGGUUCGUCAAGGAGCAGGAGGACAAGGACAAGGAGGACAAGGAGGAGCAGGAGCUAUCCCUUAAUGGUCGCAAGCCAUUCCGGCGCAACUACCUCGAUUUCCGGGGCGGCGAUGGCGGAGAUAUCAACGAUCUACUCUCGCCGCCCAUCAAAAACCGCUUCAACUGCCGCAUGGAACAGUGCUGCGACGUCCUGUCCGCGGGCCUCAGUCUCGUCCUGGAGGACGAGGUGACCCCUCGGUUCGUGGCCGCCCCCGCCCCGGCUGGGGAAUGGAAUCUCCUCACCCGCAAUCUUCGCCAGCGCAAGCGCUACCUCAACUGGCAGCUAAGGAUCGCCUGGCUCAUCGGCUGGAUCAUCCGGUAUGUCCUGAUGCUGCCCAUGAGAACGAUCGCCUGCUGGGGCUGCCUCCUGAUGAUCAGUGUGGUGACAGCGGUGCUGGGGCAGCUGCCGGAGUGGUCCUUCAAGAGGAAACUGGUGGAGCUGGUGCUGCGACAGUGCUUCCGGAUCACGGCCUCCUGUCUGCCGAUGAUCCAGCGCUUCCACAACGUCCAGAACCGGCCCACCAUGGGCAUCUGUGUGUGCAAUCACACCAGUCCCCUGGACGUCCUGGUGCUCAUGUGCGAUGCCCACUACUCCCUCACCGGCCAGAAGCACGACGGCAUCCUGGGCGUCCUCCAACGCGCCCUCUCUAGAGUCUCACCCCACAUGUGGUUCGAUCGCCAGGAGUUGGGGGAUCGUGAGGCCCUCGGUCUGGUACUCCGGCUCCAUGGGACGAACAAGGACCGUCCGCCCAUCCUCCUGUUCCCGGAGGGCACCUGCAUCAACAACACGGCCGUCAUGCAGUUCAAGAAGGGCAGCUUCGCCGUCAGCGACAUCGUCUAUCCGGUGGCCAUCCGCUACGACCGGCGGUUCGGGGAGGCCUUCUGGGACAGUACCCGCUACUCGAUGCUCCGCUACAUGCUGAUGGUGGUCAGUUCCUGGUGCAUCUGCUGCGAUGUCUGGUACAUGCCGGCCCUCCGGCGUCGGGUCGACGAGACUCCCGUGGACUUCUCCAAUCGCGUCAAGGCCGCCAUUGCCGCUCAGGCGAACAUCGAGGAUCUGCCCUGGGAUGGGAACCUCAAGCGGCAGGCUCCAGUCCGGGACUGGCAGUAGAAUCGAGGCGAAGACUCUAACCUAGAACCUGAUCUUGAUGACCAACCGGAUGAAGACCUCUAAUUAGAACCAGGACCCUUUAGAACGUUAUUUAGAAUCGAAAACCGUUUGCUAACAUUUUCCACCUGCUUUUGUAAAAAUUUCUAGCGAAUCCGUAGGGCAUCCCAAUAGGCAGCACCCAACAACCCAACUAGCCAUUAACUGGACUAUUAGGAGAGACUAGGAGCUUGCAACUUUGCAUCUCGACCUCUGGAAUCUCGGAGAGGAAUCAAGAAUCUGGAAGCCAUCCUCCGAGGGCUACAGAUCGCAAAGAGGUGUAAUAAAAGCCAUUCAUUGGCAAGAGAGUGUUAACAAAA